AAGAAAACCAGACUGAAUAUGGCAUCAGAAAGAUCCCUCAGAGUGCUCAUUCCCCUCCUUUGCUUUAUUCUUGAUGUGCACACAGGUAGGUACCUGUACUGUAUUACACCUGUACUACAGGCUAUAUUAAGCCAACCUUGCAACUAUAUGUGGUAUUUGUCCUUUGCUAAGAAUUUUACCUAUUCUUGCAGGGUCCUUGAAUUACCAGAUUAUUGGUGGUCAUGAGGCUGUUCCUCACUCCAAACCAUGGAUGGCAUAUAUUAGCUAUACAAAUCAUGGGAUGACCUAUAUUUGUGGAGGAUUUUUGGUUAGGAAGGACUUUGUGAUGACUGCUGCACAUUGUGGUGGGAGGUGAGAAAGAUUUAUAUUACAUUGAAAAAUUGGAAUGGCAAGUCUAAAAUGUGUAUGUGUGUGUAUGUGUAUGUGUAUGUGUGUGUAUGUGUAGACAGAAGAUUGAGUGGUUUAUUUAUGUCUCUUGAACUUUUAGAUUGCAUUAUUUUGCACAUUAGUGGAUCUUUUUACAUUUCAUUUUUUAUAUUGCAAUGCCAUUCAGCUCCUCUUAGAAACAUAGAAUGUGACUGCAGAUAAGAACCAUUUGCCCAUCUAGUCCACACCUUAAAAUGCCUUCAAUGGAAAUAUGAGUGUCAUAACUGAACCAAUGAGCAAUGGAAGAAUAUUGCCUGGUCUGAUGAAUCACGUUUAUUUUGGAUCAAUUGGAUGACCGUGGGUGUGUUUGUGCCAUUUAUCUGGACUGUAUAACACAGGCCUGGAGCUUGCAAUCUAGUUUGUAUUUUUUGGAAGUAAAUAUCUACCAACUGAUUUUUAACAACUACUUUUGUAAAGAGAAAACAGCUCUGGUAGCACAAUUAUGUUAUUUUUAAUUUUUUUUUAAAUUAUUGGGGGUGCUGUCCGGUUAAAUAUUUAAUUUUAAAAAAUCAUGCAAUUUUGCCCUAUAUUUUCUAAUAAAAGUAAAAUAAACUUCUCAUGUACAUUAUGCUAAUUAAUUAUUUUGUCGGCUUACAUCCCGUUUGAGUAUUAGAAUCCUUGGUUACCCUGGAAAAUGUGUGGAGCCAAUCCAUUCUUAGUUCUUGAACUCCUCCUUGUGUUCAUACUAGUGAGUUGCAAUUUCUACCAAUAUAAUUAGGACUUUAUAUGCUGGUAUAAUAAUGUCAGAUUACUCAUAGAGAAAACCUAAAAAAAGAUUGUUAUGUACAUUUUUAAAAUGUGUUUUCUCACGUCUCCAUGAAUUUCUAUUGCCUCCAUAUGUUCAGUUAAAUAUUGAUAGUUUUGUAUAUUUUCCCUCCUGUCUACAUGGUUUUAGUUAUAUGGUACUAUAUUUUUAAUAUUCCGCGAGUCAUAUGUGUGUGUUUUCUCCUGUCUACAUUUAUGAUAAAUUCAUACUUCAUCAGAAUCAGUUAUAUUUGCAUAUGCCGCCAGUAAUAUGAGGAUUUUUGUUAUAUCAUAUUCACAUCGUUUGCACAUUGUUAGUAAACUUGUGCAAAAUUUACUAAGUAAGACUGCACAGGAAGAUCGUGGACGAUCGUUUAGUUCAGGUUUGGAGUACAAGGAUUUGAUUUAGUCCAAAUUUUUUUUUGCAGAAGUCUAUUUCUUAAUAUGUGCAUAACUGUAUAGUUACGUAUGUAAAGUCUUUGCUCUGGGAAUUUAAGCAUGCAUGUUUUACAAGCAUGCACAAGUAUUCUCUUGUUUUAUAUGGUUUCAGCUAUACAUAUAGCGUGCCCUGUCUAACCGUACACCUAUUUUACAGAUAAAAUGCCCCUAAUGCCAAGGAGUCUAUAACUGCCAUCUAGGAUGGAUAGAAUUGACAUUGAAAAUAUAGAAGCGUAAAAUGUGCAUUAUCAAGGUGUAUGAAAGGGCAAUCUCUGGGUGCUGGGCUGUCACGGUGCAUCACGAGCCCUACAUACAGCAAGACGUGGCUGCUCCUUUAAGAGACCUGGCUGGGUUUGAACUCACAGCUCCAGCAUCCCAGUAAGGUUGUCUACUUUGCUGUCCACUAGGUGGGCUCAGUAUCUGCUCUGAUUCGUCUGCUCUGAUUCGUCUGCUACCUGAUUCCUUUACCUGUAUUCCCUGCCACUCAGCAGCGGCGUGCAGAAGUGUCUUCCCAAACCUCUCCUGUCCGCCGGUGUGUUUCUCCUCGGUGGACGGAUCAGGUGACGUGUACCAUGACCCACAUGCUGCUCCAGGAUCUAUUUAAACUCUUAGAAUCCUGUGCACCCUAGUAUGAGUUCCAGUUGCAAGAAAAAGUAUGUGAACCCUGUGAAUGUUUACAUGGUGUGUUCAAUAAAAACAUGGCAACAUUUCAUUCUUUGUGUGUUAUUAGUUUAAGCAGACUGUGAUGGUCUAUUGUUGUGACUUAGAUGAUGAUCAGAUCACAUUUUAUGACCAAUUUGUGCAGAAAUCCAUAUCAUUCCAAAGGGUUCACAUACUUUUUCUUGCAACUGUAUAUGGAAGCAGUGUGGAGGUCAGUGGGUAUACAAACAGACAUAGCGUCCCACCCACAUAGGAGAGUUGUCUCACCAGACCACUGGCUACCCUGUCUCUUUAAAGAGGCCCUUAGAUCCCUCCUCUUGGGAGGGCCCUUAUUCCCUUUCCCCUAUAUAAGCACAGAACGCCCUUGGUUCUGUACUCAGUUGUUUUGUUCAUCCCUAGGAGUAAAUAGCCAUCUCCUAAGGCAUAUUGCCUACCUUUGUUUAUGGGAAAAAAACCUUGCAGUGUAUCUUGUUUCCUGCGGAUUCCCCUUUAAAAGGACUUUUGCAUAUUUGACUUUGCAUUGGAUUAACCCUUGCAACACUAUUCCCCUUUAAAGGACUUUUGCAUAUUUGACCUCACAUUGGAUUAACCCUUGCUACACUGAUUCUCCUUUGGACUGCCUUACCUAGUUUAGUAACUGUGGUAAAGGACUCUAUUUGCUUUAAAGAAAUUUAUUUGCACAUUGACAUAAUUACUUUGCUGUUCCUUUUAUUUUCUGCAUGUGAAACCUGCAUUUACGUUACAAAUAAAAGACCUGUUAAUUUGGUGAAUGUGCUCGCCUCCAUCUCUGCAUCCUGAGCCCAUUCACCCAAAUCCAUGGCAUGGGCAGAGCCCUGUUUUUCUCAAACUGCUCCCGCACAGUUUGAUAAAACAAAACAUGCAACCACAUCCAAAGACUUUUGACAGGAAAACCAUUAUUACAUUGAAAUGGCAUACUCAUAUUGCUUAGAAAGCCUCUUUAAUUAGCUGUGAAAGGAUAUAUGUUACAUUUACUAACCCAUAAUAUAAGUCAAAUGGAUUUACAAAUACUAGUAAGGCUAUUCACUAUAGUAAGAAUUCAACUUGAAUUUCAAAUUUAAAGCCAAAGUACCUGAACUGGAAGCAUAACUUAGAAAAUAAUUCCAGUUUGGCUAUUUUGACCUUACAUUUUAAAAUUCAUUUUGAAUUCACUCUGAAGUCUCUCUAAGUGAAUAACCAUGUAAUUAACAUUUUAUGUAUUAUUUCUUUCAUUUAGCAACAUAAAGGUGUCUCUUGGACUGCAUGCUGUUAAAGAGAAGAAUGAUAAGAACACAUUCUCUGUACUUAACAUCUACCGCCACCCCAACUACAACAGUGAAACCCAUGAGAAUGACAUCAUGCUCCUACAGGUCAGCAAAGAUGAGGAAUAAUAACUUCAAGUCUCAAUUAGUAGAAGCACAAACUAGAAGUGAUGCUUGUCUGGAUCUUGUCAAAACUAAUAAUGUUAACUUGUUUUCAACCAUUCAGGUUAGGGAGCACCUGGGAGCUUGACCAUAAUAUAUUGCAGGGGUCACAGCUUCCACAGGGCCCGUCACUCCAGGGGCCCUGGCUGCAGCUGGGACCUCUGUGACCGUGGGCCAUCACAACUUCAGGGCUGGUGAUUGCGGUUGCCGGGUUAACAGGAGGAAGGGAGCACUGUGCUGUGCUGCUCCCCUCCUGAUGAUCUCUGAGAGUUGUGUGGAUGAGCACCACGGCUGACAGGUAGUGCUCAGUGAUAGGCAGGGAAUGAGACACAUGGAGGGGCUGGGGGGAGAGGGAAAGACAUAUGGAGGGGCUUGGGGAUGGAGAGACUUUACUAAUCUGCAAAAUACUGUCACUCUCCCCCUUGUAACUUACAACCCUACUAAAGGCCCCUCCCCAUUUAUCUCUUCCUCUUUCUUUGCUGCUCCUGCUGGCACAGGUCAGAGUAUUUUUUCCUCCAUAUGUUAUUACUAUACCAUUGCUUAAUAUGAUCUAUAACUCAUACUGUUUAUAGCCUUAUUGUAUGUGUGUACCCUUCCCUUCCACCCCUGGAUAUUGUGUAUCCUUCUUCUCCCACCCUACCUCUGGUUUUACUAUUUAUCCUGGGCUGCCACAGCUAGUGUAACGUUCACUAGGGAACCCUAACAUGCAGACAGGACAGAGUAGAGAGAAUUGCAAUAACGAUUCUUAGAAUGGUCGAGUUACGCAAAAAGGGAUAGUCAAAAUACGAGCCGAGGUCGAAGGAAACAGAGAGAUAUCAUAGCGAGAGACAAAGCCAAAUAUUAGUAACCAGGAAAUCCAAAUAACAAGUACAACCUUACAAGAGUAGAAAGUAUGGCUCUUAAAGAUUUAGGGAAAGACACCUAUUGUUAUUAAACCUGCCGAUGAGGGAGGUGGAGUAGUGGUAUGGCAAAAAGAAAAAUAUAUUAAAGAGAUUUGUAACCAGUUAGGAGAUAUAGAGACAUAUAUAAAACUCCCAAAAAAUCAGUUAGAAGAUAUUAAGACCAAAUUUUAAGUAUAUCUGGAUAAAUGCUUGGAACAAGGAAUCAUAAAUAAAAAAAAGAAUAUGAUUUCUUGGAUGUUAAUUAUCCAAGAAUACCCAUCAUAUAUGUGCUAACCAAAAUCCAUAAGAACAUUAAUAACCCUCCAGGGAGACCUAUAGUGUCCGGGAUUAGUUCCUUUUUAUCUCCUCUAUCACAAUAUUUGGAUCAAUUUUUACAAAGCCCUGUUAAAAAGUGUCCAUUUUAUCUUAAAGAUACCAUGAGCAUUCUACAGUUUUUAAAAGAUUUUAAAUGGGAAGAUGAUUUUUUAAUGGCCACAUGUGAUAUAAGUAGCCUAUAUACGAUUAUCCAACACGAGAGAGGAUGUGAGGCUACUAGGCACUUUUUAAACAAGUUUGAAGACAUUAAAGCUACCCAAAUAGAUUUUUUAAUUGAAGGCAUUUUAAUAAUUCUAACUUUUAUAACUUUUUUUGGUUUAAUAAAAUUUUUUACUUACAGACCAAAGGAUCGGCUAUGGGGACCAGGUUUGCCCCAAGUUAUACCAACCUAUUUAUGUCAUACUGGGAGGAAUUAUUUAUUCUUUCCAGGGAUGACAUAGGGGCAAACCUGGUCCUUUAUAAACAUUAUAUCGACAACAUUUUUAUUAUUUGGAGAGGAACUAAAGAAUCUCUUGUUAACUUUUUUUCUGAUCUUAACCAGAAAGAUUGGAAUAUUAACCCCUUAAGGACCAAACUUCUGGAAUAAAAGGGAAUCAUGACAUGUCACACAUGUCAUGUGUCCUUAAGGGGUUAAACUAACUUAUGAUAUUAGUCACUACAAUAUUAACUUUUUGGAUUUAUCUAUUUAUGUUAAAGAAGGACAGAUUAAAAGUAAAACUUUUUUAAACAGGUUGAUGUAAAUAGUUUUAUUAAUUUUAAAAGAUGCCAUUUUUAAACCAUGCUUGACCAAUAUCCCCAGAGGCCAAUUCCUUAGACUUAGGCGCAAUUGUUCAGAACUUGAGGGAUAUAAAACUCAGUCUAAUAUCCUCGCAAAUCAAUUUAUAGAAAAAGGAUACAUCAUAACGCCAGUCCAAUUUGCACAUGAGGAAGUAGAAAAUCAACCUAGAGACCAAUUACUGAUAUACAAAAAUAGACCCAAAAGUAAUGGAGAAGAAGAUAAGGAAAUACCUUUAAUUUUUGACUAUUGUUCCAAUAACUCCCGUUUACCUAAAAUUAUACAGAAAAAUUGGCACAUUUUAGAAGAAGAUCGAGACAUUCAGAAGUUUCUCGGCAGUAAACCUAAGAUUAUUAUUAGGGGAGCCAAUAAUUUUAGGCAAAUCUUAACUAAUAGUUUUCUAGAGGAGAAAGAGGUAUCAAGUGGUAAUUUUCUUAAAGUAACACAUGGUUUUUAUUAUUGUAAUAACUGUAGAGGGUGUACAUUAAGAAAGAAUAAUAACAAAAAGGUUACAAAAUUCACCUCAUUCACUAAUAAUAUACAAAACGAUAUUAAAUCCUUCAUCACUUGCAAUUCAAAAAAUAUAAUUUAUAUGUUAAUAUGUCCCUGUGGGUUUCAGUACAUAGGCAAAACCACAAGAGCCCUUAAGAUACGCAUAAGGGAACAUAUUUAUAAUAUUAACAGAAAAUUUUACCAACAUAGCGUAUCUGGACAUUUUUUUAAAGGUUCACAAGGGCGAUGCAAGAGGUUUGGAUUUUAUGGGUAUUGAAAAAAUGUAAAUCCACUGGAGAGGAGGUGAUAUUAAUAGCCUUAGUAAAGCAGAAAUGAAAUGGAUUUUUAAUGUUGAUACCUUAUUACCUUAUUAUUCAAGGCUAAAAUGCAGAUUUUGAAAUAAAAUUCAUGUGUAUAUAUAUAUUAUGUUUUUAUUUAUUAUAUGUAGUUUCAUAGUUACAUAGCUGAAAAGAGACUUGCGUCCAUCAAGUUCAGCCUACCUCACAUUUGUUUUUUGCUGUUGAUCCAAAAGAAGGCAAAAAAAACCCAGUUUGAAGCACAAUUUUGCAACAAACUAGGAAAAAAAUUCCUUCUUGACCCCAGAAUGGCAGUCAGAUUUAUCCUUGGAUUAAGCAGUUAUUACCCUACAUUGAAAGAUUAUAUCCUUGAAUAUUCUGUUCUUGCAAGUAAGCAUCUAGUAGCCGUUUGAACAUCUGUAUGGACUCUGAUAAAAUCACUUCCUCAGGCAGAGAAUUCCACAUCCUGAUUGUUCUUACAGUAAAAAAACCUUUCCUUUACCUUAGACGAAAUCUUUCUUCCAGUCUAAACUCAUGGCCUCGUGUUCUAUGUAAAGUCCAGUUUGUGAAUAGAUUUCCACACAAUGGUUUGUAUUGGCCACGAAUAUAUUUGUAUAAUGUUAUCAUAUCCCCUCUCAGGCGACGUUUUUCUAAACUAAAUAGGUUUAAAUUUGUUAACCUUUCUUCAUAGCCGAUAUGUUCCAUUCCUUUUAUUAAUUUUGUAGCCCGCCUCUGCACUUUUUCUAGUGCCAUAAUAUCCUUCUUUAGAACAGGUGCCCAAAAUUGCACAGCAUAUUCAAUAUAGGGUCUUACCAGUGAUUUAUAAAGAGGCAAAAUUAUAUUCUUGUCCCGAGAAUGAAUGCCCUUUUUCAUGCAUGACAAUACCUUACUGGCCUUGGCCACUGCUGAUUGACAUUGCACAUUGUUGCAUAGUUUGUUGUCUAUAACAAUUCCCAAGUCCUUUUCGUGUGUUGUUAUCCCUAAUUCGCUUCCAUUAAGGGUAUACGUUGCUUGUGUAUUCUUUACGCCGAAGUGCAUAACUUUGCAUUUUUCAACAUUAAAUUUCAUCUGCCAUUUGAGUGCCCAGUCCCCCAGUCUAUCUAAGUCCCUCUGCAGCAAAGUAAUAUCUUGCUCACAUUGUAUUGUUUUACAAAGUUUGGUGUCAUCUGCAAACACUGAAACAUGACUUUCAAUGCGGUCUUCAAGAUCAUUUAUAAACAUGUUAAAUAGAAGAGGUCCCAGAACAGACCCCUGAGGGACACCACUUGCCACCUCUGUCCAGCUUGAAAAUUUACCAUUAAUGACAACUCUUUGUACUCUGUUUUUAAGCCAAUGUUCUACCCAAGAACAAGCAUUUUCAUCUAGACCGAUUUCCUUGAGUUUGAACACUAAUCUAUUGUGUGGAACUGUAUCAAAUGCCUUGGCAAAAUCCAAAUAGAUCACAUCCACGGCAACACCCUGAUCUAUACUUCUACUUACUUCUUCGUAGAACGCAAUCAAGUUAGUUUGACAUGACCUGUGCUUCAUAAAACCAUGCUGAUUUUUGCUGAUAACCAUGUUCUUCUCAAGGAAUUCUUGAAUAUUAUCCCUUAAUAACCUUUCAAAUAUUUUACCAGCCACAGAGUUAAGCUCACAGGUCUAAUUUCCAGGCAAGGAUUUUGAACCUUUUUUGAAUAUAGGAACCACAUCUGCCUUCCUCCAAUCCUCCGGAACACUUCCUGAAAGAAAAGAAUCUUGAAAGAUUAAAAACAGAGGUUCACUUAUUUCUGCACUUAGUUCCUUAAGUACACAUGGAUGGAUACCGUCAGGCCCUGGAGCUUUGUUUAUAUUAACUUUCUUUAGUUGCUGCAGCACCUUGUCUUGAGUUAACCAAUUACAAUUAUUCUGCAAGUUUUUAGUAGCUAUCAUUUGCACAUCUAUUGCCAUAGGUUCUUCCUUAAUAUAUACGGAGGAGAAAUAGUUAUUUAAAAUUCCUGCCUUUUCCUGGUCUUCAUUAAUUAACACCCCCGUUUCAGUUUUUAGUGUACCUACACUUUCAUUUUGUUUUUUUUUUGAAUUUAUGUACUUAAAAAAUGCUUUGGGGUUGGUUUUGCUCUCUUCAGCUAUCAUUAUUUCAUUUUGAAGUUUAGCAAGUCUAAUUGCCUUUUUGCACGCAUUAUUUGCAUCCUUAUAUCUUUUAUAAGAUGCAUCUGAUUUGUUCGAUUUAAAUGCUUUAAAUGCCCUUCUCUUAGUUGUAAUCUCUUGUUUUACUUCUCUACUAAGCCACAUUGGUUUUAAUUUGUUUCUUUUAUAUUUAUUUCCCAACGGUACAUACUGAGAAAUGUACCUUUGUAAUAUUUGUUGGAAGAUGAUCCAUUUAUCCUCAGUGUUCUUUUCACUAAAGAGUUUAUGCCAGUCAAUAUAUUGUAAAGCUUCCCUUAACUUAUUGAAAUUGGCCUUUUUAAAAUGAUAUGUUUUAGUAUUCCCCAUGUGCUUUUGUUUUUUUGAGUUUAUUUCAAAGGACACUAUAUUGUGAUCACUAUUUCCCAAGUGCUCACCUACUUGAAUGUUGGUCAAAAGAUCAACGUUGUUUGUUAAAACCAGGUCCAGACAAGCAUCCAUUCUAGUUGGUGCUUGCACAAGUUGUGACAUGAAGGUGUCAUUUAACAAGUUUAAAAACCUAAUUCCCUUUGCUGAGGCACUAGUCCCUCUGUCCCAAUUUAUAUCCGGGUAAUUAAAAUCUCCAAUAAUUAAAGUGUUACCCAGAUUUGCAGCUUUCUCAAUUUGCUCAAACAGCUGUUGUUCCUCGUCAAUAUUAACAUUAGGUGGUUUAUAACAUAUCCCAACCAAUAGUUGGUUUCCCUUCUUUUCCCCCAAGCAGAUAUUUACCCAUAAAGCUUCCACAUUAUCCUCCUCGCAUUCCAUUUGCUUAACAUUUGGCUUUAAAUCAUGUUUGACAUACAAACAUACCCCACCACCCUUCUUGUUUUUCCUAUCCUUCCUAAAUAACAUGUACCCAUUUAAGUUAGCUGCCCAGUCAUGUGUCUCAUCCCACCAUGUUUCAGUUAUGCCUAUUAUAUCAUAUUGUUUAGUGUAUGCUUAUGCCUCUAGUUCCCCCAUUUUGUUAUUUAGGCUCCUUGCAUUAGUAAGCAUACAUUUAAUAUUAUGCGUCACUUGUAUAUUUUGUGAAUUUUCAACAUUACACAGCUCCUCUGUUCUGAGCUUGCCCCUCCCCCCGUUUCCACCCCCCUUAUACUGUGCUAAAGCCCAUCUCCUUUCUGUCCUAUCUCCAUUUUGUAGAUUGCUAUGACCCUCCCCCCCUACUACUAGUUUAAAAUCUCCUCCAACCUUCUAGCCAUCCUAUCCCCCAGCACUGCAGACCCUCUCCCGUUUAGGUGCAAUCCAUCACCACUAUAAAGGUUGUACCCAAUCGCAAAGUCGGCCCAGUGCUCUAAAAACCCAAAACCCUCCUUCCUGCACCAAGACUUAAGCCACGCAUUGACCUCUCUAAUCUCCCGCUGCCUUUCCACUGUAGCGCGUGGCACAGGUAAUAUCUCAGAGAAUACCACCUUGGAGGUCCUUUUCUUAAGUUUGCUACCUAAUUCCCUGAAAUCAUUCUUUAGGACCUUCCAUCUUCCUCUUACUUUGUCAUUGGUACCAACAUGGACCAUGACCGCUGGGUCAUCCCCAGCCCCUCCCAAUAAUCCAUCCACUCUGUCAGCAACAUGCCGGACCCGAGCACCCGGGAGACAGCAAACUGUCCGGUUGAGCCGAUCAGAGCUCCAUGCUUGUUAUAUUUUUAUACAGGCUUUUUUCACAAGUUGAUUUGAUACCCCAAUAUUAAAUAGGAUGCUUUUUAUACAUAUAUUUUAUAUAUAUUUUGUAUUAUAUUUAUUAGAAAUCUCUAAUGCUGACUAUAUCUGAAUAUAAUAGAUUCAAAUAUAAUAGAUUUUAACAUAAUGUUUAAUAAUCAGUUUUUUUAUAACUUUUUAUAUGUUUAUAAUUUCGCAAUGUUUACUAUACAAAUGAUGAACUUCAAUUAAAUGGAGUUAGAUUGCCUUAUAAGUUAAUAUACCCGUGUGUAGCAAGCUCUACCUCUAAAAGACUCCAAUAAAAUGGCGCCGAUGUGCCUUUAGAGUAUAACACUCUGCAUAAAGACUCUAUAGCUUUGAAAUUGACAUUGACCUAAUGACGUCACUACGUGAUGACGUCGAGACUUCCCUGUGAUGCAGAAUAGAGAUGCCUAGACGCAUAUCAAUGAUGAAAGCGGAAGUGCCGACCUGAAUCAUCAAUCGAGAUCCGAAAAGGCGCCAAGUCUAAAAGGUUCAAAAUAGAAGAUCAUGCAGGAGGACAGUAGCAACCCACGUUUGAAAGGCGUUGGCCGAAACUCUGUGCCAUAAUGUUUGGGACUUCGAAGAAAGGAUUUAAUGCUAUAUUUGUAUAUAGUACCUUAACAGAGCUACCUCCCUGUCAUUUUUACCAGCCACCUGUGGCUGCAUUAGGGUGACCCCCUUACUAUUACUGGGGCGACCCCCCAAGUACUGGAGUGCCUAUAUCUGUAUGAUGAAACUGUACAAGUUGCUUGGUGUCGGAGAGUUAGAGCCCUGCUGUAAAACUGGGGUGAACCCCACAUUCACGCGCCCUGACCAUUUGGCAGGCUGCUUUCAUUGGGGGGUGACCCCUCCAUUGGAACCAUCCCAUCCUACGGGACAAUACAGGGGUGACCCCCCUAUUGAUUUAUGAGACUGUCAGUGUCUCCAAUACUACCAAGGGAAACCCCCUUGCUUAAAUACACAACCGCUGGCACCGGUCUUUAGAGGGUGACCCCUUCUCAUUUGGCACUCCAACCACUUUGUGCACAAAUUCUGAGUGACCCCCAGUUAUACUAGAAGCCAGAUACCCUGCAACAUUACGUGGUGCACUCGUGUUUCUUACAGGUAUCCUGUUCUGCCAUUACAGGAACACUAUGGCAAGAUGUCUGACCCACCACAGACCCAGACUUGAGACUUCCAAAGCAUGAUAAAUGCUGCCAUAGCAGCGUCGGUGGAGUAGGCGCUUUACAGAGUACGCACCCUCCCAUCUGAGAACAAGGGACAUAUCCCAUCCGACAUGCAUGAUGUGGAGGGAGCAGACGGCUCUGAGACCCAGUGUACCCAUGUCCGUACCUAAAUGGCACUGGAAGGACUCCAGCUCCGUAACCAGAAAAACUAAAGGGAAGGUUCCUCUCAAAAGACCUAAGUGUGUAGAAUAACACAACGUACUCCCACCUCCACUUCCAUUCACCGAGGAGGAAGGCUGUUAUCCGAAUUCAACCUAAUAUGGCGAUUGUGGACGAAUGGCGAGCUGACAGCUUGACCUCUGAUGAUGACUGGCAUGGUAUGCCGCGUACAGAAUCAGAUUACAUAAAAUAAUACAUAGUAAAGCCUUCUCCACGUAGAAAGGGUAGCCACAAACUUACAAACACAGAUGAAGGCGUGUUCAUUAAUACCCAGGGUUUGCCCCUAUUUGACCCACGGGCAGUACGACACCCAAGAUUUUCAGAAUAGGUGUCUUCCGGAUCAUCUCGCACAAUACGUGCAUUUUUGGCUACGAAAGCCUUUGGAGAAGAAGGCUUCACAGGAUAAACUCCUGGACAUGUUGGCUCCACUGGCAAAGAUCCUAUACUAUGCAGAUCUCGCUCUCUCAUGCAACACCCCACUGGAUCCAAACGAUAUUCGAGAAUGGGCUCAGAGAGUCAUCUGUAUGCUAGGUAACACAAAUGCGGAUCUAUGCACUGAAUGAUGUAAGGUCACUCUUCUGAAGAUCGACAACAAGCUCUUGGAUCUGGGGAAGAAAGAACUAGGACCAUUGGCAAAUGGUUUGUUAUUUGGUGAACCUUUCAUCACUGAACUUAAAGCAUGUGAACCUCGUCACCACUCUGAACAAAGUCCAGUCAUCAUUGAGACAAGUGUUUCGCCCUAACCUUGGCAGGGGUCCUCCUCCUUUGCGUGUGGCAGUGACCCACAGGUCGCUCAUAGAUGAAGAGAUCUGUGCCCGGUUUGCCAAAGGAGCAGUCCAAGUGGCUGCGGACACAACAGGUUUCUUCAACAAUAUAUUCGUGGUCAAGGAUAAGACAGGAGACUACCGCUCAGUCAUCAAUUUACGUUGCUUGAACAACAUUGUAGUAUACCGCCAUUUCAAAAUGGAAGGCCAACGACUGGUUCACCCAUCUAGAUCUAAAGGAUGCCUGUAGCGGAUGGCACCAGGCUCUCCUGCAAAUAUAUUGUACAUAACUGCAUUCGUGUGAUCUGCUGUGUUAUAUGUCUUUUAAAAGAAUUGUAUUCCUCUGAUUGUUCGGUAGUUUCAUUCCCUUAGUUCAUUCGAAUGAAACUACCGAACAACCAGACCUCCCCUGGGUGAAGUGUGUCCUCAAUUACCCGUUGCAACAUUGUUGCGAACGGAUAAUUGCCUAGUAAGUAGCCGUCCUUUGUUCUCGGGGGUGGCCGCCAUUCGACAAACGAACACGUGGCGGCGGCCAUUUUAAAACUCCCGAACAGCGGUGUUUUGCCGUCGAGUGUCUGGAACUAAAAUCGGACACUCGAGUAGGCGAACACCGCUAAGACCUCCACAAGCCGGUCCGUUCGGUUCCUAACUACCGAACGGCCCCUCGUUCGGUAGAUAGAAAGAACCGAACGAGGGGAUUCAGGCGAACCCUCCCUAGCCUCUAUAGCUAGAGGUUUUCAUGUAUUUUAUUCCCUUAUGCCAGUACCGACCGCAGGGGCCAUUCGCAUGGAACCUCAUUCGGCUAUCUCAGUUAGUGCGGUCGGUCAUUUUAUUCCCUCCAUACAUUUCCCGAACCCCUGGUCUGAUCUGGGUGAUUUUUGGAUAUGUUGUUCACCCAGAUCAGGGGUAUCCGGGGAUGUAGGAUUUUAAGCGGUACCCCUACAUUUAGGGGUACAUCCAGAAACGGGGGGGGAAUUACUGUACUGGAUAAGGGGAUUAUGAUGCUGGCUGAGGGGAGGAGAUGUGUGGGAGGUUACCAGAACAGGAUUGGCUACUGUAAUAAUUAUUGUAAAUUCCUCCCUUGCAUGGGAGCAUGCUUUAAAAAGGAGACUGUGGAUUAAAGCUUUCAGUUAUGCUCCUGAAACUGUGUGUCGUCCAGUUAUUGGGAUUGCUGUGGGGAUAUUGCUGUAUUUUACCUGCUGGAAACCUUGCCUGUGGAUUUACUAUUUACUUGUUCCUGAGGCUCACUUGGAUUAUAAGAGGAGAUAACCUGGGGAAUAUUGCAUCUCCGCUACAAUGCCUAUCUCUCGUUCCCUGUGGCACCAAAGAGCAGAGAUUCAUCUGGCCGGACUGUCCUUGCCAAUUCACAUGUCUGCCAUUCAGACUCAGCUCGGCACCAUGGUGCUUCACCAAGUUUCUGAAACCAGUAACGGCUCACCUAUGAUACAAAUAUAUUCGCUGUCUGGUCUACCUGGACGUCAUAUUGAUCUUUUGCGAUUCCAUCUCCAGACUGCGCUCACAGAUGGAAUUCAUUGGGUACUUUCUGGAGUCACUGGGAUUCAUUGUGAACAAGGAAAAAAAAUCAUCUCUAACGGCCUCUCAGUUAAUACAAUUCCUGGGAUUCGAGAUCCACUCGACCAAAUGCAUCCUUCACUAACCCAACACAAAAAUCAAAGCCAUUUGCAGAGAAAUCAGGCAUAUUCUACACAAGUUUAUAAACAACUAAAAAAAAGGACAAGAGAAGGCGCUUAAAGAUAUAGAACAAAAAGUGCAGCUGAAAAUAACCCAAGUGUAGUGUCACCAAAAUACACUUAAAAUGUGAUAAAUUAAAAAAAAAAGGGGGUGAUUAGCGCACACGUAGGAAUAGCUCAAUUUUACCUUACAAAGAUUUUUUGGGUAAACACAAAGCAAAUACUUUUUACACCUAUAUAAAGACAGACAAAGCAUACAUAGUGUAAUCUGUUUAAAAGGUAAUGAAGUGAGGAAAAAUAUUUCUUCAAACUCACAAUUUUCGGAGCUAUUAGUAAGUUAGCUCUAAACUUUAUACACUGUUGCAAUACGUUUUUUUCACUAAACUUUAUUGUUAAAUCUGUGCUGCUGGAGUUUAGUAAAGAGAGUUUAAUGCAAAAUAUUCGCCUCCUGUACUUAAUAAAAUUAAGAUUAUAGGUACACUGAGUUAGCAUAAUCUACAAUUAAUUUACAUAUGACACAUUUAGACUGAAAGAACAGUGACAACAUUAAGGAUGUGGAAGUCUCUGCCUGAAGGGGUGUUUUUAUUAGAGUCUAUACAGAUUUUUAAACAGCGACUGGAUGAAUUAUUGCAAACAUAAUAGUUAGGGAUGUAGUAUUUAUUAUGAUGAGUAAUAGCUUCUUGCUCCAAGCAAAUAUCUGACUGUUAUUCUGGAGUUGAUAAGGAAUUUGUUUCUUAAAUUGUUGCAAAAUUGGAAAGGGCUUUAAACUUUUUUUUUUUUUAAAUCAUCUUUUGGAUCAACAGCAGUAACAAAAGGUUGAACUUACAGAGAAAAGUAUUUUUUUCAGCCUGUGUAACUAUGCAAUCUGCUUAUGAUGCUAAUAAAAUUUUAAAUUAUUAAUUGCAUUUGAUAAAUCAGUGUUGAAAAUGAAGUAUAGAAACUGGUGCCACAGACCAUUCCUAAGCAACAUGUUCUUGGAAAAUGCUUUGGCUGCCAGUGCAUACAUAUAUACUGUAUAUGCAAACAAUAUUCAUAUGGCUUGUGUGUCCUCUACACAACCAGUUCUCCUGUUUGAAUAGUUUAAAUGCUUGGCCAGCAUAAAAAAACGGUGAAGUGUCAGAAGGUUAAUAAUGAAUGUGAACUCUUUAUAUAUAACAUAUUGUCCUAACCUAUUUUGUUUUGUUAUAUCAUGUAGACAUGAAUAUUUAAAUGUUGGUCUUUUUCUAGAUGAAUGAUGAAAUCCUGUUGAAUGAGAACAUAAAAGUCAUUGCUCUCCACAAAAAAAACAAGAAAGUGCCGGUGGGCACAGAAUGUAACGUUGCAGGCUGGGGAAAGACAAACAGAUAUUUAAAUGUAUCAUCUCAAGUACUUAUGGAGGUUAAUGUAACUAUUGUCAGAAACAAGGAAUGCCAAAAUAUCCUAGAUAUGCCCAUUGACAGUUCCAUGAUAUGUGCAGGCCAAUCUGGCACCAAGGGGGAUGCAGCUCAGGUAAUAAAGCCUCAGAAAAACUAUAUAUUCUCAGCCAUGCUGUUGUGAGUACUGCUGAAGCACAGAUAUAUACAAAUGUAAUAUGUUGGUAAUCCUUCAAUUUACUAAAAAGUAAAAAUGAAUUACAUUUGGAAGUUAGUUAAUAGAUGAGUAAUGUUUACUGUCAUGGAUUGUGGGCAUACUUUUCCCCAACAUAGGUGACUUUUCACUUUAUCUGAAAAAAAAAAUGGGCAAACUCUUGAUUAUAAAAAUAUACUGGAUACAUCUCUAUCCAAAGACAGAGCCCCCUAGCUGUUAAGUAAGACUUCACAGACAAUAAUACCUUCUCUAAAGGUAUAGAGUGUUAUUGUCUGUAAUUUGUUACCUACCAGCUAGGGGUCUCUGUCUUUGGAUAGAGCUUUCUCCUUUAAAAAAUUUCCAGUUCUAUAUUUGGAUUCAUACCCUGGGUAGACUGGUACUACCCACACUGACACUGUCCCAUUUAAAGCGGUGAUCCUCUUUUGUUGAGUGUCCACUCUAGGCAAGACAUCAUACUUUAUUAAGUUUUUGAUUAUAGCUGCAACCGGCUAACCUUCUUCUCUGCUUGCAUAUAUAACAAUGCCACACUCGAAAAAAAUAUAUGGUGGAAUCAGGGAAAUAACAGUAUUCUCGCUGUGACAUUAUCCUUUUAAGAUCUGUAGUUGAGAGCAGCCUGGUGCUCUACUCCUUUCUGUUGGGCUUAAAGACAAAUAUAAUGUGUUUGUGAGACCUCAGUACUUAAAAAAAGAAUGAUGGCCCUCUCUCGACUAGUGUAAACAAUGGUCAAUCUGGAGCAAGGAAUGAUAGGCAUAAAGAACGCAAAAAGAACGUGGCGUUGGUUAAUGCACAGAAAAAACAUGUUAUGAGAUCAGAUAGGUGCAGUUAAAACUAAUUCACAAAGUAAGUGGGGCAAAAAAGGAACGAAAGUAUCUAUGGGGUAUAUGAGUCAGAGAAGCAGAAGAAUGGUCAUUUUGAGGAUUAACAGUCAUUCUAAGAAUAUAUUUGAUUUAAAUAGGAAGAGUAUACCCCACCAUCAUUAAAAAUGUGAUGUCUUGCCAAAUGAAGAAGUUCAUUUUGAAAACCUGAUUAAUUUAAGGGAACGCUAUAGCAUUAAAAAUACAAAUGUGUACUCCUAACACUAUAGUGCCCUGUUAGCAGUUUAGGUGCCCUUAUCCCUCCCCCCUAAUAAAUAAUCCCAUGUUAGAAACUGGGUAUAUAAAGCUUUGCAACCAAACAAGCAAUUCAUUUUAAGGAGUGCAGAUUAAGGAGGCGUGGUAAUAAACUGCUCAGCCAAUUUGGAAGUAGCAGAAAAUAUACUAGGAAAUGAAUAUUACACAGAUCUGAGUGAUGACCCAACUGAGGUUUUCGUAAGGAAUGGUUGGCUACUGGGGACUUUCUGAAUGGAUUUAUAGGUCAGAAUGACAAUCCUUUUAUAAUUUCUGAGAAACUGCAAUGUUUAACUAAGACUGCCUCUAGUGUCUGACUUCCAGACAACCAGAAGAGGUGCUUUUUACGGAGUUUGACACCGUGAAAAUGACACUGGAUGUGCUGGCACUUUGCAUGAGUACUUUCAGCGUCAAGGAAAAUGCCAUAGGAAAGAAUUAAGACAAAGACAAAUAUAUGUGGUAAAGGUCCUUAAUAAAUGUACUCCAAACUAAAAGGGCCUAACCCUAAUUGGAUGUAACAGAGGAGAUAAGAUUCUAUCUGAGAACCAGUAUGUAAGGAGUAACAUGAAAUAUAGAGCUAAAUAAAGAAAAUAAUAUAUACAGCAAAAUGUUCCAGAAAAACUAAAUCAGGUGAAAAAAGAAAAAGAAAGCAAGGUAUACAGAAGUAUACUCUAUUAGACAUCCCACAUGUGCCAAUACUAAAUACGUGGUUAAAAUAACCUUUAUUAAGUAGUUUGGGUAGCCUUACGGGAUAAGUCUACUAAGUAGUUAAAAAGGUGAGGAGAGUAGUGAUCAGUAGUAACAACAAUAAUUCACUAAAGAGCAUAAAGGGAAUCUAAACACUUAUAGGGACAUUGUGCUAAUGACUCGAGAGUAGUGAGGAGUGUUACUACAAAGGACAUCAGCCUCUACAAUCUCGUGAGAGACAGGAAAAUACGUGCUGAAUGUCUCUCCGGGGGAGGAGGGGAGAGCCUGAGAGGAUAGGGUAAAACAAAAUCACCAAUGGCAUUAGUAUAUAGUGGGAAAAACCAGUGCUAGAUGCCUAGGUAGCAGAAAACUGGACUCGAGACCAAAGUACCAAUAGGGCAAUAGUCACUGAAUAACCCACCUAAGAGCUCUCAGGGAUGUCUAAACCCAAAUCCUCAAAUUAUAGCUCAAUACAGAAAAAACUCCUCCCUAAAUCUCCCUCAAGUAGUCACUGUCAGUACGAAAGUGGGUAGUACUGGCACGAAGACUAAGAGAAGGACGUAAAACCGCUAAAUACACACUAGAUCCAUGCUCUUACAUAGAUACUAUAAACUAAGAGUAUGAACACAUAGGUCGUUCUAAUCUGCCUAGCAAUGCUCGAGGGAAUCUCCAAUGAACUAAACCCCAUUAACGAGCUAAUGCUAGAAACUAAAGUCUCAUGAAGGAGGAAAGGAGCGUAAGCCCUAGAGUCAGAAUAACCACACUCCUGGUCUUAAACGAAAAAUCCUAUCACCAAAAACGGGCCAACAUCAUACAAAAGAAAAUAAAGCGUAAAAACUCCCAACACGCGUUUCGGCGCUAUAGGUAUGCGCCUUUGUCUGGGGCGAAGAAAAUAUAUCCACACAGGACCAUUUUUAAAGCUGCCCGCCAUGGAUCUAAACCCCGCUACCCCAAAGGUAAAGACCAAUCGAUGCACACUAAGCGUGUGUAUAGGAGGAGCUAAGAAACUCCGUCCACAUAGCUUGAGGAGGUGUUAACCCCAACAGUGCCACACAUGCGGCUUGAACCGAUUAUCAGAAACAAAGUAAGCACUGCAUUGGCAAUGUGUGUGUAUAGGGGCAAAUAGUGCUUAUGCCCUGCGAUGUAAACAGCACCAUAACUUAAAGGACCACUAUAGUGCCAGGAAAACAUACUCGCCGGGCUCUGGGGGGAGGAAGGGGUUAAACUUACCUCUUUCUCCAGAGCCGGGCAGGGAGCUCUCCUCCUCCUUUCCGCCUCCUCUCCUCCUCUUUGGCUGAAUGCGCAUGCGCAAGCAGGAAUGCUUUCCUAUGGAUGCUGACGUCUUCUCACUGUGAUUUUCACAGUGAGAAGCGCGGAAGCCCUCUAGUGGCUGUCAAUGAGACAGCCACUAGAGGCUGGAUUAACAGUUUCUCUGAAACUGUUAUAUUUAUAGAAAAAAGGGUUAACCCUAGCUGGACCAGGCACCCAGACCCCCUCAUUAAGUUGAAGUGGUCUGGGUGCCUAUAGUGGUCCUUUAAUGAGCAUAAGAUUGUUAGUCUAGUGCCAAAAACAUACAUAUAACGAUGUUCUGAUUCAAUGUUAUUAAAGAGGCUUCCAAAUAUGUAGCAAGUCCAAAGUCUCAACAGAUCCCUAAUGAGGGACCUCAGGACAAGGGCAUGGUUUCAGGACAAGGAAGGCUCAAUGACUUCUAGGAAUUAUUAACAAUUUAUUGGGGAUAUACAUCAUAAUUAGCUAUGUAUAAACUGGAGAUACCCUAUACAGUAUUACAACAUGAAAAUUAGAAUGGAGGAACGGAGUGGAUAAAGUCUAAGCUAGAAAUGCACAGACAUAUUACUGGAACCAUGCCAAGAAUAACUCGCUCAAUGAAAGAUAUCAAUGAUGAUAUUAAAAGACAAACAGGAUCCUAGUCAUUAGGUAGAAAUCUAAAUAUAUAAACUAAAUUAAUCUAUAUACAAUUUAAAGAUACAGCAGUCAGGAAAAAUAAAAUAAAAAUAUAUAUAUUAGAGAUAUAUGGGUCAAAUUACUCUAAGUACCGGAGUUAGUAAAAAUCAUAGGAACAUAGGAAGGGGGAGUAUGUGAAACCCUCAUUAAGGCCGGGUGGUGCUAGAGUCUGUAGUUUGUAGAUCCAAAAGGAUUCUCUCCGCUUUAAACAGCGGUCCAAAUUACUCCCUCUCUGGUCUAACUUAACAUGUUCUAUGCCUUGAAAACAUAGAUCGUUAGAGCAACCUGAAUGUUCCCAGAGGUGUCUGGAAACAGGUGUAUCACUUCUGUAUCUCACAGAGUGGAUAUGCUCAAGGAUACAAACCUUGAGUUGUCUGAAAGUUUUGCCUAUGUAUUUUUUACCACAUAGGCAGGUGAGUAGGUAAACCACCCCAGUGGUGUUACAAUUGAAAAAGUCCCUCACUUGCAACGUGAUAGUAUUCAUAGAAUCUUGGAUGGUUUUAGAGUCUCCAGAUAGGAAUUUACACGCCAAGCAUCUCCCACAUUGGUAAGUACCAAUUAAGGUGUUCUUCAACCAGGUCUGUGGAGAACUUUUACCCAGGAGAUGGCUGGGUACCAACAAGUCCCAAAGGUUUUUGCCCCUCUUAGCUGUCAACGCUGCAUAUGGUGUCAAAACACGAUUGAGAUGUCGAUCCUGUGUGAGUAUUGGCCAGAAUCUAUUCAGGAUGGACUUCACAGGUUCCCAUCCUUGGUCAAACUCGGCGAUACAUCUUAUUAGUCUGUCAUCAGGAUCUUUACGUUCACUCAAGAGCAUGGUUUCACGGUUCAUAUCAAGCACCCUAUGAUAGGCUGAUUUAAGACCCUGCUGGUUUCAAGUGCAAACAGAGACCAUGUCAAAGUGCUUAGUGAAUAGGCAAUGUCUUUUUUAUUCAUGAUAGAGCAUAUUGAUGGGUACUUAAUUAGAAAAAUGUUUUGAGCUUUAGUGCUCAGAACCCAUAAUACUAUAAUUUACAUUAUUGUAGGUCCAGAGUAGGCAACCUUCGGCACUCCAGAUGUUGUGGAUUACAUCUCCAUUAAUGUUUUUACAGUCACAAUCCUAGAAAAGCAUCAAUGGAGAUGACUUCCACAACAUCUGAAGUGCCGAAGGUUGUGUAUCCCUGAUGUAGAUGUUGAGAAACAGUUUAUUUUUUCCUUGUUCUCUGGCUGAAAAUUAUGCCACGAGUGAGAGAUAACCCAUUUUUAAUAAAUAAAGAGCACAUAUGUCUUACUGUACUUUGCAUAAAUAUGUCUAAUGCUACAUUUGUUUUGUUUUUAGGGUGACUCUGGGUCUCCUCUGGUUUGUGAAGGAGUAGCUACGGGCAUUGUGUCUUUUGGGAAUGAGAAACCGCCAGGGGUAUAUACCCUAAUUUCAAGUUUUCUUCCCUGGAUCAGGAAGAUCAUGUCAUUCUCAAAACCUACCAUGAAAGACAAAACGUAUCGUCCCUUAACCAGUUAGGGACACAUGACAGACAUUUUCUGUCAUUCUCUCCUUUUGCUUCCGAAGCUGUGUCCUUUAGUGGUUAAUAGGGUGUGUUCUGCUUCUCAAUAGCUUUUCCUAUAAAGUAACUACCUGCAUAAGCUCUCUCAUGGGUCAUAAUAUAAGCAAAGCCACACUAAAGUUAGCAUAACACGGGCAAAGUGAGGAGGGCAGUGUGACAGAUGGGAGAGGGGUGUAUAGAGCAGCCUCCUCCUGCCGGUCACUUUUUGUAGUGUGGCCUCAAGGAAAUGCAAUAGAUUAUCCUUAAUAUCACAUAAUACACCUUGUUCAGGCUCAGAAGAUUCAGGGUGAGUAUUGCAUUGUGUAAUGAUCCUGGAUGUACCUCCUAAAGUUAGAGCCUGGUUUUUAUUAAAGAUUAAUUACCUUAACUAGAUACCAUUGCUACACAGCAUCACACAUAUAAGGCUGCAUGAAUCAAAUUGUUUCAAUAAAAUAAGUUACUGUUUGAUAGAAUAUAUACUGGAAUUUCCAAUAAAUGUGUACACUGUUCAUUUAGUGGGAUCCUACUUUUUCUUAUUUUUUUCAGAAUACUGUGGCAUACUU